CUCUAAGUUUCUUUCCAUCUACUUUUAUCUCAAACAAACAAUGUUUUAGGAAGCUUUUGAUACAAGUAGGUUUCACGGAGCUUGUAUGCAAAACAAACACGGAGCUUCGCCAACCCGACCGAAACGCUAGCGACUCCUGUCUUCGUUCUUUUGCUCUGUAACCAGGUAUUUGGGUGGAUUUCAUGUUCGGCACUGUCAUCUGUAUUUUUACUAUCUACGGACAUUCAUCAUCUCUGUGCGCAAGCUGUUUGAUAAAAUGCUUUAUUGUUUUGGAGUGAUUGUGUAGAACCAUGUGUAUUGCUUUUGCUCAGCACCAACUAUUGCACUCCAUUAUACCAAAAUUCCUAUGAUAGAAUGAAACAAGUCCUAAAUCUACGAGUUUGCGCGGAAACGACAUCUGCGUUGUAACUCAGUCCUUUUCAUAUUGAGCCAUGCAAGUGGUGUCAAAUGCUCGCCGAGUCUCUCGGCUCUUGCAAUCUCCGAUUUUUCUUUCGUCUCAUCUUCGAAGCACCGAAGAACCGAUUCUCUCAGGGCUCACACAACGUAAUUACCAGCAAGUGAAGUCUGAACCAUUGGAUUUCUUCGCGUCAAAGGCUUUUUACAGUUCUGGAGCUGAUAAUGUUGAAGGGACUCCAACAGAUGCUGUGAAGGAUCUUUAUGAUAAAAUGCUUCAGUCUGUAAAUGUUAAACGAUCCAUGCCUCCAAACGCUUGGUUGUGGUCAAUGAUUGCUAAUUGCAAACACCAUCACGAUAUUAGUCUUCUCUUUGACAUUUUGCAGAACCUCCGCAGAUUUAGGUUGUCAAACCUUCGCAUACAUGACAAUUUUAACUGCAAUCUCUGUCGUGAAGUCACUAAAGCUUGUGUUCAUGCCGGAGCUCUUGAUUUUGGAAAGAAGGCUUUGUGGAAGCAUAAUGUCUAUGGAUUGGCGCCGAGUGUUGCAUCUGCACACCAUUUACUGUUGUUUGCUAAGAACAACAAUGAUAUUAAACUGUUGGAGGAAGUAAUGAGACUUUUGAAGAGGAAUGGUUUACCAUUGCAACCGGGCACGGCAGAUAUAGUUUUCAGCAUUUGUUACAACACAGAUGAGUGGGAGUUGAUUAAUAAGUAUGCAAAAAGGUUUGUCAUGGCUGGUGUAAAACUACGACAAACCUCAUUUGACACAUGGAUGAAAUUUGCCGCCAAAAGAGGAGACACCGAGUCAUUAUGGAAAAUAGAAAAGUUGCGAUCUGAUUCAUUGAAGCCGCAUACUUUGGCAACUGGGUUUUCAUGUGCCAAGGGUCUUCUGUUGGAACGUAAGCCUAGUGACGCUGUUGCCAUCAUUCAAGUUCUAAAUCAGACUUUGUCUGAUGCCAAAAAAUCAGGCAUGAAGGAUGAACUUCAGAAGCUUGUAUCUGAGUGGCCUUUGGAAGUUCUUAAACACAAACAAGAAGAGGAAAGAAAGACAUUAGCAGCCUCUUUGAAAUCUGAUAUUCUUGCAAUGGUUAAUGAUUUACUGGACAUGGGACUUGAGGCAAAUGUAAGUUUGGAAGACCUAAACAUAAGAGAAGGUGUUCCACAAUAGCACGAGUUCAAAAUUUGAUGAGUUCAAGUUUUUGAAUAUACCUGUUUGAGGAGUGUCUCUUUAUCAAGAUGCUUCAUAGCCGUCGAUAGAUACCAAAUCUUUGAUCAUAGCAGAUGUUGUUUACUAAAUGGAAAUUAAUUUAUUCUUUUGCUUUUACUAACCCGAAGUGCUCAAGGUGUUGGUAGCAUAUUGGUGGCAUUUAGCAUGUUUUUCAAGAACUGAAAUCUAGAUUUCAGCAUGUUGGAACUAAAAUAUUCUGGCUUGUGGUUGCUUCUAUAAUGUGCAAGCAAUUCCUUUCUAUCAAUACAAGUGAGGAUGAUACAUUCUUGGUUUCUUAACCUCGUUUGUUCUUGUUGAUGUAAAACUAUUCCCCCCUUCAACUUCAACGAAUAUGUUGUUAUUGAUGUUAUAUAUAAAUUUGAUUUUUAUAAUAGUAAA